CUUCCGCGGCGGGGCCGGAAGUAGAAGCAGUGGUGGUGGCGGCCCAAAGCGGAGGGAAGGAGGAAGGCAGGGACUCUCAGAACCGGAGCCGGAGCCGAAGUCGCAGCGGCGGAGACCCCUGUGCGGUGCGGAGGGGGCAGUGGCCCCGGCUCUGACCCGCGCCGGGGGUGGGCCAUGGCGGAGAUCAGCGACCUGGACCGGCAGAUAGAGCAGCUGCGGCGCUGCGAGCUCAUCAAGGAGAGCGAAGUCAAGGCCCUCUGCGCCAAGGCUAGAGAGAUCUUGGUGGAGGAGAGCAACGUGCAGAGGGUGGACUCGCCGGUCACUGUAUGUGGUGACAUCCAUGGACAAUUCUAUGACCUCAAGGAGCUGUUCAGAGUGGGUGGUGAUGUCCCUGAGACCAACUACCUCUUCAUGGGAGACUUUGUGGACCGUGGAUUCUACAGCGUUGAAACGUUCCUCCUCCUGCUGGCACUUAAGGUUCGCUAUCCUGACCGCAUCACCCUGAUCCGGGGCAACCACGAGAGCCGCCAGAUCACCCAGGUUUAUGGCUUCUAUGACGAGUGCUUGCGCAAGUAUGGCUCCGUGACCGUGUGGCGCUACUGCACUGAGAUCUUCGACUACCUCAGCCUGUCGGCCAUCAUUGACGGCAAGAUCUUCUGUGUGCACGGGGGCCUCUCCCCCUCCAUCCAGACCCUGGAUCAGAUCCGGACUAUUGACCGGAAGCAAGAAGUGCCUCAUGACGGGCCCAUGUGUGACCUGCUGUGGUCCGACCCUGAAGACACAACAGGCUGGGGUGUGAGCCCCCGUGGGGCUGGCUACCUAUUUGGCAGUGAUGUGGUGGCCCAGUUCAAUGCAGCCAACGACAUUGACAUGAUCUGCCGCGCCCAUCAGUUGGUGAUGGAAGGUUACAAGUGGCACUUCAAUGAGACUGUGCUCACCGUGUGGUCAGCCCCUAACUACUGCUACCGCUGUGGGAAUGUGGCAGCCAUCUUGGAGCUGGACGAACAUCUCCAGAAAGAUUUCAUCAUCUUCGAGGCUGCUCCCCAGGAGACCCGGGGCAUUCCCUCCAAGAAGCCUGUGGCUGACUACUUCCUGUGACCCCUUCAGCCCCCCCGCCCCUCCAAGCCCUCUGGCCCCUGGACCACUGUGACUCUGCCCUCUCCCCCAACAGAGGCUGGGCACUGGGGGUGGGGGGGUUGUGUCCCCAGCUCUGCCCUUCCCCAGCUAAGAGGGCGCGUGAGGGUGACAGGACUUGAUCUGGAGAGGGUUGGAGCCUCAGCUCCGCACUCCUCCUCUCCUUUCUCUCCACUUUAACCAUGAAGUUUCCAAUAAUUUUUUUGUUUUUCUUUUUUUCCC